AUGGGGAGUGAAGAGGUUUUGGGGAGUUCUACAGUUAUCAUGGAUCCUAGUAUCAGCCCAUGCAAUGUUAGCAUGGUCCAGCAUAUGGAUGAUGCCGAGGAGAGUGAGAAUUUGGGCAUUAAUCUCCUUAACGAUUUGGAUUUGUAUUUUGAGGAUAUUGAUGAUCGGUUGAACAUUUCAAGAAUGGUGAGUGAUUCAAUCAUCAAGGGCAUGGUGUCAGCAGUUGAACAAGAGGCAGCACAGAAGAUUGCUCAGAAAGAAUUGGAGUUGACUAGAUUGAAGGAAGAAUUGCAUCUUUACCAUGUGGGUUCAGAGGAGGGAUCUAUUUGUUCAGGGAUGUACCAAGAGCAAAAGAUUAGAAAAACUGGGCUUUGUUCAGAUACUUUUAUGGAGCACGAUAGGUUACAAGAAUCUUUGGAGAAGCUUAAAAGUGUUGUUAAAGGACAGCUUAAAAAGCUCAAGAAAGAAAUGCAUAAGGUUAAAGGGUCCUGUUCUAUGAGGAGGAAAAAUUCAGCUUCUGAAAUAGUGGGGUUGAGUGGUAUUCUUCCGGAAAAGGUGUCUGAUAAAUGGAGUGAUGUCGAAAGAAUGCUUGAUGGUCUAGGAACUUCUCUAGACUCUUUCUACAAACAUGCAGAAGAUAUGGUUCAUUUGUCCAAGUCAUCACUCUUUGAGUGGCAGCAGGAGAAGGAGCUUCAAGCAGAAAUUGAAGCGAUGGUGAUCCAGAAUUGUAUUAGAGGUCUCCAAGAAGAGUUUGAACAGAGAUUGUGGGAUCGAAAUACUCAGUUUUACGGUAAUGGAAGUGCAAGUUGGUUUGAAAAGGUGAAAGAGCUUUCAAGUUUACGUCAGGAAUUGGAUGCCAUCGCCAAGUCACUGUCCUUACCUGAAAGUGGGCAGCUAAUUUCUCAUGGUUCCUUGGAGCACCGGAAGUCUUCAGGUCAUCAUGUUUCAAAUGGCAAUCAUGAUGAGUCAGUAAUUACUAUGCCAGAAAAUUUGGAAGCUACCCAGCUAAAGCACAUGAGCAGGGAAGAAUUGUUUCAUUAUCUCAAGACUGAAAUGACUAAAAUGAAGAGACACCAUGAGUCAAAAGUGCAAGAGAUGACAGAAGAGUUUUUCAGCCUCAAGAGGGAGUACUUAAGAGAAAGGGGGUCUGCUUUGCCAGUGAGGAAGGAUAAGGAUUUUGACACACUGAGGAAAAAGAUCCCUGAAGUCAUUCUGAAAUUGGAUGACAUUCUUAUUGAAACUGAGAAAGUGCCUGCAACGAGCAACAAUGCAGAGAGUCUUGACGAUAUGAAGGACAAACUAGAAUCCCUUCAUUUAGAAAACCUCGAACUACAAGACUUGCUUGCACAAAAGAAAAGGGAAAUAAAGUACCUUUCCUCACAAGUUUCUGUUGCUGCAGAGAAAAUGUCGCAACAUUCUCUAGCGGAGGUAAACUUGUUGAGAAUGAUCACAAAUCUUAAAAGUUCAAUAGAAGAUACACAUAUUGAAGCUACAAUCAGUGAAGAUCUGCGUGAAAUAAUUCUCAAGGAGUUUGUGAGCCAGAUCCAAUGCUUCAGUAAAGAAUCAGACCUGGAGUAUGACAUCAGGGAGGGAAUUUAUGAAAUUAUAUUCAGAGAAGUAGCUCAAAAUGCCAAACCUGCUAGCAAGGUGGAAAUUGAAGAUUCAGAUAUGGAGUCCAUCAUUACUCAAGGGCUGCUGGAAGUUGUACUUCAAGAGGCCUUCAAGGAAGCUGAGGAGAAACUUAGUAGCUUGAACCUAAAAUGCACUGAGGAAAAUGAAGUUCGAUUGUCACUUGAGAAGGAAGCCAUGGAAAAAGAAAAGGCACUAAGAUUGAGUAUUGCAGAGAAAGAAGAAUUGGAGCAAGAUAUACAAUUAUUAACAGCAACAAUUCAAGAAAAGGACAAACUAUUGCAGGAAUCAGCUGAUGCAAUGGACAAGGAGAAGGAAAAUUUUGAGUUUGUUUCUCAAGAGCUUGACAAUUUAAGGGUUCAGACAAGUCGGCAGCAUCUCAUAAUUUCACAAAAUAGUGAAGAAUUAGAUAUCAUCAAACAUGAUUUGCUUGAGGCAUUGGACAAAAACAAACUGUACGAGGGGGAGAUUAGCAAGUUGCAAGAGAGGAUUCAGCUACUAACAAAGAACUUGAGGAAAACCGCUGAAGAGAAAAGCAUGCUACUUGCUGUUUCUCAAGAGAAGGAAUCAUUGAUUGAAGCAAGAGAAAGGGAGCACAGGGAGCGAGUGGAUUCAAUAAUUGUUCUUGUCAAUGGAUUAUCAAGAGCAGUUGCUGAUUUUGAAAGCAGAGCUGCAGAAGAAAUCAAAAGAAGUAGCUUGAGGUUGGAAAAUCUGAGUUCACAAUUGGGCUCUCUUUUUCAUAAGACUAGUAUGCUUAAAAGAAUGGGAUUGCUGUACAAGCAGAAGUUGGAAAGUAGGUGUUCUGACCUUCAAAAGGCUGAAGCUGAGGUUGAUCUUUUGGGUGAUGAGGUGGAAAAUCUUUUAAGCCUUCUAGAAAAGAUAUACAUAGCACUGGAUCAUUAUUCCCCAAUAUUGAAACAUUAUCCUGGAAUUAUGGAGAUUCUAAAGCUAGUUAGAAGAGAAUUGAAUGGAGAGUCUACGAAAGCACAUUGA